AUGCCAGGGACUACACAGCCUACCACUGACCACGAAAGACGACCUCUGCUCCAGUCAGAGCAUGACGAACGCGCAGUCUCUUCUGCCUCAAGCACAAUUGUCAAUAUCCAAACUCGCCACGAGCACACAUCUUCCCACACGACUGGAGGAGGUGUAGGUGUAGGGGGAGAAAACGAGGGGCAGACGCGCGAUGGACCCAAGUACGAUCGCUUGGCACACCAUCGCGAGAUGGUGCGUGAGCGGUUCAGCGCAAACUGGUGGAUUGAAUGGAUCAUUAUCUUUGUGGUCUUUUCAAUCACAGGAUCCUCCACAAUGCUUAUCGUCAAACCACUGAUGAAGGCCUUGGGAUUGACAGGUUCGCUUGGUUCUGGGCCCUGGUCGUUCCGUAUCGCUUACAUUGUACUCACCCUCCCACUCUACAGUCUCAUGCUCCUCUUCAUCUCAUCUUUGGUCUGCAGACGACCCUAUUUCGAGAACCUGUUGAUUCGAAUGUGGGGACGGUUCGUCCCAACACGACUUCUCAGGAGAUGCGGCUCGACAUCCAGACGUGAGCGUGAGCGUGAAACUGUGCCCUGA